AUGAAAUCUUCGACAUAUAGCAAGCGAAGCAUAUCACCGACACCUGCUGUAAGAGCCAAUCUUCCGGAGAAGUGGAACAUCCUCAAGUUAGAAGGCGUGUCAAGCGAUAGAAGCGUAUCACCAUUCCAGAGCCGAGCAAUGGCUGCUAGAGCGAGUGCAGAGUUCAACAUCACCAAGACGAGGCAGCAAAGCAAACAUGCGCAGGACAAGAGAUCCCUCUCACCCGUCCCGCGUCGCGUUGAUGAAAAUGUCCUUGCGGGGAACCAAGGGAGCAAGAAGUUUGACUAUCCUGCUGGACCAGGAUCAGCGCGUAUUUACAAGUUACAUGAGAAUCGCAAGGUUGAGACUAAGUCGGUCGUGAGGACAAGCACUUUCCGAAAGAGCCUGCGCAAGGUAUUUUUGCGAUCUGAGAAGAAGUUGUUGUCGGAACUUUUCUUUGAAAGAUGGAUAGUGUUCAUGGCGUCGCAAUCUCAAGCAAGAAUGAAAGAAAGUGCCUCAGCUUUUGUCUUGUCCAUUCGAUCACAAUCAAAUCAGCAAAGCCUCGAAGCAUAUUUCUUUCGGUGGAGUCAACAGCUCUUGCAGUUCAAGGCGGAAGAUUUGAAGUUGAGGAUGAAGGCCUCGGACGAGGCAUCAAGAGCCCUGGUCGAGGUUGUCAACGAGCGAACCAAUAUCAUGAGUCAGAGUCAACAUGACAUCGAGGUCUACGAAUACCUCGUCGACAAGAAACUGCGAUCAGAGCAAAACUUUCAGCACCUGAUGGAGGUUUUCUACCACUGGAAGCAACUGCAGCAACUUGCAGGAAGGUUUUCCUGCAACUUAAAAAGCUUGAUCAAGUACUGGCGAGCAUUGGUGCUCAAGGCCAGAUCGCAGAAGAUGAAGUUGGAACGUGUUAUGCAAGCAUACAAGAGACGAUCGAUGUUUCGAUCCAUUACAGAUUGGCAACAUACAUAUAGUUUUGACAAGAAUGCACGAGUUCAAAUCGAAAGAAAACAACGAAAUGUGUUGCGCAACGCAUGGAUGAGUUGGAAGAUGGAAUUUGAAUCGACCCGCGAAAAUCAGCUCACUUGCAGGGGUUGGCAACGUGAUAUCAUCUCUCACAUGAGAAGAGAAAUCCUGGUGCUAUGGCGAAUGUCCUGUGUGAUAGGCAGGAUUUUGGUAAGAAGGGCCAACGUUCUGAACAACAAGAGAAGGUCGACUUUGCAACGGGUGUGCAUUGAAGAAUGGACAAAGAGAACGAAGGAAGCGGCAAGUUGCGAGAAGAAAGUUCAACGACUGUUGUCAUUGAAAUUGAUCAGUCAGACACGCAACACAUUUUUGUGCUGGUCACGCGCAGCUUUGAGGUCUUUCAAACUUCCGACGGGUCGGAUCCACAAAUGGGCUGUUCACAUCAAGCGAAAGUUGGCACUGAGUGUACUGAACAGCUGGGAAGAUUUGAUUCAGAAUGCAAGCAAGCAAAGGCAGUUGAUUAGAGAUCGAAGUUUGCUGAUGUUCUACCGAACAAAAAACAACAUGUUCAGGAGGUGGAAAGCUCUAGUUGACACAUCAAUCAUCAAGUGCGAACAUGCAAAGAUCCUUGUGCGCAAGCAGGAGCGUUUGUUGGUGAAAGAUCACUUCACUGUCUGGAGGUCGCCGAUCGCUUUUGGCGUCCGCCGUGUUAUGCUGGCGGAGGCGAAUGAGGAUGAAAGAGAAGAGAAGACGCGCUUGUCUUCUGUUCUACAGCAAGCUAAAGUUUUCUCGGUUCUUUUCAAUCUUCAAGAGAUGGUUCCGAUGGAGCUUGUUGUCUCGGUCAAAGCUGCAAUCGUGCAUGAGAGCAGAGGCGAGAAAGAGAAAUUUGCUCAAGAUGACAAUCAGGACGUGAGCAGCGACGAGCCAGCGGCGCAGGUCAUGCUGCUUCCCCUGGAGGAACGGAAGAGGACUCGGAGGAUAUUUGAGGGAUGGAGAUGUCUUGCUGUCAGCUCGUCGUUUGCAGCUCGUAAAGUUGAUGUCAAGUUGAUGAUCCGCCGAACGAAGCAGGUCGGUCGUGCUCUUGUAGGAUGGAUCCACUUGCGUUGGAGCUCCAAGAGAGUCCGGGACUUGUCUCUCAAGAUCCGCACGAGAGAAGAUCGCAGGAAGAGAUCGUCCCUGUUCCUGCUGUGGCGCCAAGUGUGUGACAACAAGGUCAGGAAGAGGCUGAUAGUUGGGCGGUGCAUCGCGGCCAGGAGUUCGCAGUCCAAGAGGAGCAUACUUGGCUGCUGGAUGGACAUUGUCUCCGACAAGAAGGUGUCAGAGUCACUGGGCCGCUCCUGCUACACCUUGAAGCGCAGAAAGAUUCUACGGCAGCACGUGGCGGUAUGGAGCGCGUUCUCUGCCAGGCAGCUGCGGUUGUUCCAUCAGGAGAGGAGGAUAGUGCGGAGGUCGCAGGCUGCUAUGAUCAGGAAAUGCCUGCUCGUGUGGAUCAGAAGCUCGGUUUCAAAACAUCUCCAGCCUCUUGUGGAGAAGUUUGUGGGCAGGAAGUCUCAGCUCGUGCUCAAGUCCUCCUUCGAUCGUGUUUGCAAGUAUCACUUGCGUUGCAGAAGGAUGCAAUCAGUGGUGACAGGCUGCGGGCUCAGGCGAUCCCAUCGAUUGCUUCACAGUGUCUUGCUACGAUGGGCAAAGGAGACGACAAGGCAGGAGAGUCUCAACUACAAAGUGAAGAGCUUCUCAAUGCUGCAUGGAUGGAGAUUGACUUCCAAGUCCUUCAAGAGUUUGUUGGGCAACUCUCGAGAUCGAUCCAACUCGCCUCCUCAGUCAAUGUCGCACACCUCCAGCAUCUGGGACCAGUCUCUCGUCCAUGUCUGCUCCCCUCUCCCCCGAACUCCCGAUGUCUCCGCUCCUCCCGCCCUCCUCGCGCUGUCGCCGUCCUCCAGCCAUGACGUGUCAAGCUGGGCGAUCGGGCAGCUUUCGUUCCACAUCAUGAGGAGCGCGAUGAGGGGAUGGCGAUGUGCGGUGGAGGAGGCCAGACUUCUGAAUGACUUCGCUGACAUGUGGAACAACAACUGCGAGACGAUCCUGGGCAAAGUGGUCGUCUGUUUCUACUCAUGGCACAGGAUCUCCCUGUUCUCUCGCUAUGAGACGGAAGAAGCGUCUUUUCACUCCACCAACGAGCUCCAGAAACGUCUUCUCCUCCUCCUAGACGUCAAGCGCAACUGCUCGAAACUCUUCCUGCAGCAUCAGAGCCGAGGCUUCAUCCAUGAGGCUGCAGCAAGUGGGUCGGAGCAUGAGGACGGCUGCCACCCUCUCUCAUCCUCCUCCACCGCCUCCACUCUCUCGCAGCAUCUCGAACAUGCCAGUCACUAUCCCCUCCAUGCGUCGACCCACUCCGACUUGUCUCCAGGCAGUUUCCCCUUCCACGACCUCUACGUCUCUUGCUUCCCCCGCAACGACGUAAACUAUAUUUUGUUCCAGAUUGCCCAGAUUACCAUCAAGAUUCGUCGCCAUGGCCAGACUCCGGUGCUCAACAUAUUCCUCCUCCAGAGCAUGCAAAGAACAGACAACAACCCAGAGGAGUUGAAGAGAUCUACACCAGCUCGCAGGAGAUCGAACAAUCAGUUCUGCGUUCAGAGAUGUAUCAAGGACAUGCUACACAUUCAUGAAUGCAUACAGCAGAAGAGGAGUUGUAACGCUGACAAUUACAAGAGUUGUCUGUUGCGAUGUGGAAUACAGCAGGACGCCUACAGCCUCUUGGUUAGCGCGAGGCACGGGAAGUUCAUGGUGAACCUCAACGACAUCUACAUCGGCGCUUCUCUUCUCUUCUACGGCGAGUGGAGCGACGAGGAGAUUGAUCUGAUGAAGUUGAACCUGCCGGCUGAUGGUGUUGUUGUCGAUGUUGGAGCCAACAUUGGGGCGAUGACGGUUCCCCUGGCCAAGCAUGUCAAGCAAGGGAUGUAA